CACGAAAAAAAUUAAAAAUGGAUAUCUUCUUAUCAAUUUUAGCUCUCAUUUUCUUCUUCGUCUUCUUCUCAAUUUCCAAGCGCUUACUCCAGAGUCACAAGAACCUUCCACCAUCACCUCCUUCCCUCCCCAUCCUCGGCCAUCUCCAUCUCCUCAAGAAACCCCUCCACCGCUCUCUCUCAACCCUCUCAAACCGCUACGGCCCCAUCCUCUCCCUUCGUUUCGGCUCCCGCCCCGUCCUCGUCAUUUCCUCCGCUUCCUUGGCUGAGGAAUGCCUCUCCAAGAACGAUAUCAUCUUCGCCAACCGCCCCCGCCUCCUUGCCGGCAAGCACAUCGGUUACAACUACUCCGCCAUUGGGUUUGCUUCCUACAGCCCCCACUGGCGCAACCUCCGCCGCAUCGCCACCGUCGAGAUCCUCUCCUCGAAUCGCAUCCAGAUGUUCUCUGCCGUCCGAAUCCAGGAGGUACGGUCCCUAGUGAAAGACCUGUUCCGGGAUUCGGAAUCGGGGAAAUCAGUGGUGGAAUUGAAGUCGAAAUUCUCGGAGCUGACUUUCAAUGUGAUGAUGGGGAUGAUCGCUGGGAAGCGGUAUUACGGGGAUAAUGUGGUUGAUUUGAAGGAGGCGAAGUGGUUUCGGGAGAUUGUGAAGGAAGCGAUGGUGUUGAGCGAAGCGUCGAAUUUUGGGGAUUUCGUGCCAGUUUUGGGUUGGAUGGAUUUGGGAGGGGUGGAGAAGAGGAUGGUGAGAAUGGCUAAAGAUAGAAAUGAGUUAUUUCAGGCUCUGAUCAACGAGCAUCAAAGGAAGAAGAAGAAGGUCGAUUUCUCUUCCUCAAUGGAAGUAGAAAUUGAUGAGGAAAAGAAGAAGAAGAAGAAGACGUUCAUAGAUGUUCUGCUGUCGUUGCAAGAAACAGAGCCUGAGUACUACACUGAUCAGAUCAUCAAAGGGUUGCUAUCGGCACUACUGGCUGCCGGAACGGACACGUCAGCUCUAACCACGGAAUGGGCCAUGUCACUUCUACUGAAUCAUCCAGAUGUGCUGGAGAAAGCUAAAGUUGAGCUGGACAUGCAUGUCGGACCUCGUUUGUUAGACGAAUCGGAUCUCGCCAAGCUUCCAUACCUCCAUUGCAUCAUCAACGAGACUCUCCGAUUGUAUCCGGUGGCCCCACUUCUAGUGCCUCAUGAGUCAUCUGAAGAGUCCAUUGUUGGAGGUUUCAACGUGGCACGUGGCACGAUGCUAUUGGUCAAUGUGUGGGCUAUUCACAGAGAUCCUGAGCUAUGGGAAGACCCCACCGAUUUCAAGCCAGAGCGGUUUCAAGGCCCACAAAUAGCAAAGGAAAGCUUGAAGUUGAUCCCAUUUGGGCAUGGAAGGAGGGCGUGUCCGGGUGCAAGCCUCGCGGUGCGGAUGGUUGGCCUGGCAUUGGGGACCUUGAUCCAAUGCUUUGAGUGGGAACGAGUGGGAGAGGAGAAGAUAGACAUGACUGAAGGGCCUGGGCUCACAAUGCCUAAGGCCCAGCCUUUGAAGGCAGUGUACAAACCACGCCACACUAUGUUCAACCUGCUUUCUCAGCUCUGAAUGUCGUACAUGGCUUUGAGUCCGUUUGGCAUAUGUUUGCUUUGGAUGGUAUAGCCUGGAUAUGGUCAUUUCAUAAAGAUUACAGUUGUAAUGACAAUAUAUAUCUCUUCUUCGGCAGCAA